AUGGAGCUAAGGAGAUCCAUCUCGGCCAGCGCGGAGGCCGAGAGACCGAUGAGGCGCUACGGGGCAGUGGAGGAGACGGAGUGGAAGGCGGAGGCGCUGGGGAGAAAUGAACUUGACAUUAUUUCAAUGGCUGAAACAACAAUGAUGCCUGAUGAAAUCGAGCUGGAGAUGGCGAAGAUCCAGAGACUUCGGGAAGUCUUAGUCAGAAGAGAAUCAGAACUCAGGUUUAUGAUGGAUGACAUUCAGCUGUGCAAAGACAUUAUGAACCUUAAGAGCGAGCUGCAGAGCUUGGUAGCCAUCCCAGAAAAAGAAAAAACAAAGCUGGAGAAACAAAGAGAGGAUGAACUGAUUCAGAAGAUCCAUAGACUGGUACAAAAAAGAGAUUUUCUUGUAGAUGAUGCAGAGGUGGAGAGACUACGAGAGAAAGAAGAAGACAAAGAGAUGGCUGAAUUCCUGCGUACCAAGUUAAAACCCUUAGACAAAGCAACACAAUCUCCUACCAGCAGUCCAGCAGAAAAGAAGGCAGAGCCUCCUCCAAGCAAGCCCACCAUUGCCAAAGCAGGAUUGGCUAUUAUUAAAGAUUGUUGUGGGGCCACACAAUGCAACAUAAUGUAG